CAAAAAUACUGAAAUAGGAAGGAGAAGAAAGGGAAGAAAAGCAUCAUCAGCAUCCCACCUUCUCUCUCCCCAGGUCUCCCUCUCAUAACUCUUCCAACACUCCCCUCUCUCUCCUGCCUUCAGUCUCCAACAUCAAUUUCAGUUAAACAAUUCCACAAACACCUCUCCCACCACCGCCCAACUCCGACCAUAUCGCCGCCGUCCGGCAUGAAACUCCGGCCGCCGGCUUCUUCCCCCAGUUAAAUGCCCAAAUCAGCCAUCCCUUUACUCCCACCUCCAAUGGCCAACACCAGCUCCGCCUCCACCCCGUCGGAAACCUUCUCAACCGAAGAGGUCACCGUUAAAUCGUUGAACAAGCGGUACGAAGGCCUGGUGACCGUCAAAACCAAGGCCAUCCGAGGCAAGGGAGCCUGGUACUGGGCCCACUUCGAGCCCGUCUUAAUUAAAAACCCAGACACAAACCUCCCCAAGGCAGUGAAGCUCAAGUGCAUCCUGUGCAACGCCGCGUUCUCCGCCUCGAACCCGUCCCGAACCGCCUCGGAGCAUCUCAAGCGAGGUACUUGCCCCAACUUCGGCUCCGUUUCCAAGGCCAUUUCGCUCCCACCUUCACAGCAACUACCCCCCUUAGCUUCCCCUUCCUCUUCCUCUCACAAUCACAAGAAACGGAAUACCCAAAUUGCCCCUAACCCAGUUGCCGUUGUUACCCCUGCUGGGUUUAAUCAGCAGCAUUUUGUGCUGUCCGGUGGGAAAGAGGAUUUGGGUGCUUUGGCAUUGCUGGAAAGCAGCGUCAAGAAGCUAAAGAGCCCGAAAUCUUCGCCCGGUCCGAUUUUAAGCAAGGGUCAGGUGGAUUCUGCUUUUGGUUUGUUGGCUGAUUGGGUUUACCAGUCUUGCGGGUCGGUUUCGAUUUCGAGCCUUGAGCACCCUAGAUUCAGGGACUUUUUAGGCCAAGUGGGAUUACCGCCGUUGUCAUCUAGACGGGAGUUCUUGGGUGCAAGGCUCGAUUCGAAGUUUGACGAAGCAAAAACGGAGUCGGAAGCUAGGAUUAGAGAGGCUUUGUUCUUUCAGUUAGCUUCAAAUGGGUGGAAGAGCAGGGGUUGUGGGUAUGGGGAUGAGAAUUUGGUUAAGUUUAGUGCGAAUCUUCCCAAUGGGACUAGCGUGUUCCAAAAGGCUGUGUUUAUGGGUAGUAAUUUUGUGCCACCGGAUUAUGCAGAGGAGGUGUUGUGGGAGAGUACGACUGGGGUAUGUGGGGGUGAUGUGCAUAGAUGUGUAGGUAUAGUUGCUGAUAAGUAUGGUGGUAAAGCAUUGAGGAAUUUGGAGAUGCAAAACCAUUGGAUGGUUAACUUGUCUUGCCAGCUUCAAGGGUUUAUGAGUUUGGGAAAGGAUUUUAUCAAAGAACUUCCGCUUUUCAAGUCUGUUAUUGAUAAUUGCUCGAAGGUUGCUAAUGUUUUCAAUUACAAGUCUCAGGUGAGGAACAGUUUUCAGAGGUAUCGGUCAGAAGAUACCGAGCUUCCCGGAUUGAUCAGGGUUCCUCCGCGUAAUUGUGAUAGCUCAAAGAACUUUGCUUCUGUUGUUGGAAUGGUGGAGGAUAUAAUGAGCUGUGGUCGGGUGCUACAUUUAGUCACGAUGGAUGAAUCGUACAAGGUGGUAUGUGUGGAGGAUCCGUUGGCAAGGGAGGUGGCUGAAAUGAUUCAAGAUGUGGGGUUUUGGAAUGAGUUGGAUGCUGCUCAUUCGCUAGUGAAACUGAUCAAAGGCAUGGCUGAAGAGAUUGAGGCUGAGAGGCCAUUAGUAGGGCAAUGCCUUCCACUUUGGGAGGAGUUGAGAGCAAAAAUGAAGGACUGGUGUGCCAAAUUCCGGAUAACUGAAGGUCCUGUUUUUAAUGUUGUUGAGAAGAGAUUUAGGAAGAAUUACCACCCGGCAUGGUCAGCCGCAUUUAUCCUUGACCCACAGUACUUGACUAGGGAUGCCAGCGGGAAAUACCUUCCCCCGUUCAAGUGCUUGACAAAUGAGCAAGAGAAAGAUGUGGAUAGGCUUAUAACCCGGCUGGUAUCCAGGGAGGAAGCUCAUAUCGCGUUGAUGGAGCUUAUGAAAUGGAGAUCAGAAGGGCUCGACCCACUGUAUGCGCAAGCAGUUCAGGUGAAACAGCGGGACCCUGUGACAGGAAAGAUGAGAAUGGCAAACCCUAAGAGCAGUAGGUUAGUGUGGGAGACUUGCUUAAAAGAGUUCAAGUCAUUGGGGAAGGUUGCUGUUAGGCUUCUCUUCCUUCAUGCAACCUCAUGCGGGUUUAAGUGCAAUUGGUCUUUUAUGAGAUGGGUUUGUGUGCAAGGGAACUCAAGGGUGGGCCUUGAUAGGGCUCAGAAGUUGAUUUUCGUUUCUGCCCAUUCGAAGCUUGAAAGUCGGGAUUUUUCAAGUGAGGAAGAGAAGGAUGCAGAAUUGUUUGCCAUGGCAAGCGGUGACGAUGACAUGCUCAGUGAUGUCUUUGCUGAUGCGCCCUCAGUGAGUCAUAAAAUCAUGGGUACUGCAGAGAUAAGGUUGGGCCCGCUGUUGAACAUAGAUCCCCGUUGAAAGGAUGUCAUGUUGCCUAUUAUCUGUUAGAGUUGCCAUGAUUGCUAAAAGGUCUUGAGCAAGCUGUAAGCAAGAGCGGCUGUCGGCAUUAGGAAUCACAUGAUAUGGCUGAAAGGAUUGGGUAACUAACGUGAACUGAUUUUUAUUUUCCAGGAACUCAUUUGGUGGAGAGUUGGCAGCGGAUCUUGUCGGCAAUGGGGACUAAUACCGACUGCUCACCAACUAGAGGGGUAAAGCCUUUUUCACUCGUAUGGUAUGGCUUUUUAUUAUUCACUCCACUCAUGUCUUUUUUUUUAGUAAAAGUUGAAGGGAGAUACAAUUAUUAGUAUAGGACAUCACCUUUAUCUUUAUACAAGAAUCUUUACCCUUUUCAA